UAUCGGCGAAGGUGGCGGUGACAAGAUGGAGGAGGCCACAUGGGUGGGACACUGGACAAGGCAAGAGCUCGGCACAGGGUUCACUGGGCACAUGCGGGAGAGGAACGCCUCUUCUUUCCACCGUCACUUGGGAGCCAUGCCGGCACGGGGCCAUCACGGCAAGGGGUGGUUUUUCCACUGCCGAGGCGAACCGAACCGAACAGGCCUUGCGACAAGUCCAAAUCAGACUCGGGGCUGGGCAAGGACAGCGUGUGCGCUGUCUGCGACGUUGGUGGCACGGUUCGGCUACGGCAGUGGAAAAACGUCGCCGGUACCGAACGAGCUACACCGGGGGCUGGCUCGGCAUGGCACCGGCGUGGUUCGGUUGUGCGGUGGAGAGAAAAAAAGAAAAGAGCUCGUGGAGGGCUCGACUGGGCGGUUGGAGGCGGUCGCUCUCUUGCCAACAACGCAGGAGCGACGCUCACAACAACGAGCGCCAGGCGGAUAAAACGCAGCGAGUUGGCACAGGGAUGCGAAGAUGGUGUGAGACACAAACUUCUGACCCGCCCAUGCUGGAUAUCUGUAACAAAGAGCUUCACAACUCAUCGGAUUCCUCUGGUCAGCAUAAAGAUUCUGAUUCCGAGGUCUGCACAUCCUGCCCCGUACGCCGACGACAUGGAGAUGUGCUGUCAUCGAGCGUUUGAGAGGGAGAGGACUAACAUGACAUGGAGCGCGCUUUCCCACUCGUCGGGUGGAAAAGCCAUCAAAAGCAAAUCUCCACGAGACAUCCUUGAGCUCCAUGGCAACCAGCUGACCCCCUGUGAGAAAAGAGAAAUCUCAGCAAUGAGGGACAUCUGGUAUUUCGGGGUUCACAAUCUCGCCAUUGGUCGCCAUAACCACGGUUAUGACGACUUCGAACGCCUUUACGUGUCGGUCACCCACGAGCACAUCAACUUCCGUUACGAGGUGCUCGCGAGGCUUGCGAGGAGCGAAGACGGCCGGGUGUUGUCUUGCCUUGACCACAGAACCAACGCUCUGGUGGCCAUCAAAAUGUGGAGGAAAGCAUCGAGCCCCAUGGAGGACACGAUCCAGAGGGUGGAACUGAACGCCAUGCUUCGUUACGCCAGCAAAGGCAACGCCAGUGGUGUCAGUGCCGUGGAUUGCUUCAAGUUCAGGGGUCACCACAGCAUCGUCCUGAAGAUGCCGAGAUGGGAAGCUGCACCUCCCUCCUCGCUCUCUCAAUAUUCUGCGGAUCUGGAGGAGACGGAGAAGGGGUCGCGGCUGUCUCGAGCAGGACGAGCGACCCGCUCGUUCCUCCGCUGCUCGCCGUGCUGUCGGGGAGCGACCGCCCCAGAGGAGCCGCACGACAUCGACGCAACAUUCGCGAUGGCCGCCAGAGGUCGCAACCGGGUACCCGAUACCCGUACCCUACCCGAUACCCGUACCCUACCCGAUACCCGGCUACCCGUACUCGGCCGGGUACGGGUAGCCGUUUGCGACCCUGGUGCGGCCGGGUACGGGUAGGCCGUGAGUCACUGGUGAGUCACCGUUUGUCACUCAUUUCGGGUAGGGUACGGGUAGGGAACGGGUACGGGUACCCAUUUGCGACCCUGGUGCGGCCGGGUACGGGUAAGGAAUCAAAACCCGUUUGCGACCUCUGAUGGCCGCGUCUUAAAAGCACCGCUUCUCCCCCCUUUGUGCUGAUGUUUACACAUCGGACCCGGGUACUCAUUUCGAGGCCGAGUCAAACCCUGGGGGAGGCCCGGGACCGGUUUAGAUUAUCGUCACCGGCGUUGGCCGUUUAGUGGGGAUCGAACUCGGCAGUCCGCCGGGUUCGUAGUUCAGCGCGCGAGCCGCUACACUACCACGCACGGGGGUGGCGCAGUCGUUGAGUAGAGCCGGCCCUACCCUGGGCCCUUCCCUGGUGGUUUUCUUCCAGGAAGUCCUCCAGAGGAUGACCUCUCCAAGAUUUCUAGAACACGCGAGGGUAGGAGCUGGCCCAGUGUGCGAGAGCCGAGGUGAGCUGGGCAAACGCAAGGCCACCUGUUAAAAGUUAGGGAUGUUACAGGGACUUAGACAUUAUCUGUUGUUGUUACGUACAAUAUGCU